AUGAGUUCUUAUUAUGUGGAUGGUCUUCUUAGCGCGUAUACGGCGGCGGCUCUGUUUCCGAACGCGGAACGGGCUUCUUGUCGUGCUGGAUCCAGUGGAGAGGACUAUGGCUCUGCUCGAAGUGCUGCGGCCAUUGCGCUCACACCGUCCCUGUCUGGAGUUUACAGCGUCAAUAAUGCAGUAUACCAGGGCCGCCCCGUGUUUACCUCGGGCUACAGCCAGGUGCACGAUGCGCACACACUGCACUGCAGCCCGUUUGACCAGAGCCGCAUAUUCACCGAGGGCGCCUGCAAUCCGGGGCUGGGACCCCUCACCUCUCCGCCGGACAAACACUACCGGAUGUACCCCUGGAUGAGAUCAUCAGACCCAACUCGUAAGCGUGGGCGACAGACCUAUUCCCGGUACCAGACCCUGGAGCUGGAGAAGGAGUUCCACUUCAACCGCUACCUGACCCGCAGGCGGAGGAUCGAGAUAGCCCAUGCCCUCUGUCUGUCAGAGAGACAGAUCAAAAUCUGGUUCCAGAACCGCAGGAUGAAGUGGAAGAAGGACAACAAGGGCGAAGCGGUGCCAAACCCGGCGGAAAACGACAGCGACACCCAGGCUGUGUGCGAGGCCGGGGGGGGCGAAACCGAAGAGACCAGGGCCCCCGCGGGGCCGGAGUCAGAAACGGCUGCAAAGUAA